AUGAGCAAUGUGUCGGUGGCAGUGGGAACAGCAGUUGGGAUUCCAAUUGCUGUGGGCAUAAUAGUAGGUCUGAUAUUUUGGUGUAUAUUGCAACGACGCUACAAGAAAGAAGAAGCUAGAGAUGCAGAUUUAGAAAAGCUGGUAAUGGAAGAAGUGGCCGUGUCGGUAUAUGAUGGUUUUAAAGCGGAAAUUAGCAGUUCAAGUGAAGAUUCUACGAUAAAUGAAAAGAAAGAAAGCCAAGAUCUUAAACCUUGCGUUGAAAAAACUGCCAGAGCUGGGUAUACACCAGCAUACAGAAGGCAAUUGAAUGCUAGUAUGGGUAUUUUGCAUCCAAAAAAGCAAAGUACUACAUAUAUUAAUGUUCCCAUCAUUUUCAGCGGUGAGAAGGUGAACUAUGGGAUGGUCAGGGAUCCUUCAGAUAGUUUUAUGUAUCCAUUGACCUUAAUGCGCAAGGAAACGGGUACCUUGAGAUCUGCUUCUAUAUCGAACUUAUCCUCGAGCACAAACGAAACUGACUUACACGAAGAAAUCAAACUGGAUGACCCAUAUGAAAACGACUUUACGAAUUACACUGUCAAUAAAAGAGAAUUUAUCGAAAGGUUACGGCCACACUAA